UUUUCCAAAAUUCGAAACAUCAUUUCUUGAACAUCCUUGGUAGUUGGUAGAUAUCAACCACCACUCACUUCUCACAUUUGGUUCUUGGAUAAUAAUAAUAUUGCAGUUUUUCAGUUAUGACCGCUAUCAACCUUAUUUGUAAUUGUACCAUGAAACCAUUCUCUAGGUUUCUCGUAAUUUGUAGAAAUAAUUCAUCUUUUCUCACAAGAUGUCAUCAUUCUCGUACAAUGUCUACAUCUAUCUCUAAUAAUCCUCUUUUGCUCAAUCUUGAUCACAAAACCAAGCACCACCCUUCUUCUAUAUUGAAGUUUGGACGCAUAAUGAACGGUUUUCAAAAAGUUUUGCGGUCACCCUCUUGGAGUUUUUGCCAUUCAAGAGCGUUUCUUGGUUUAAAAGCAACAAAAACAGAAUGCAUAUCUUCUAUUGGUGGAGUAUCCUUCAAGGCACGUGAAUUCUCAAACUCUUUUGAGACCACACGUGUCUUAAGAAUUGACAAAGAUGAUAACAAGGGUGGAGGGGAUGAGGAAGAUUUGAAGGAGAAGAAUUGUGAUAGUUUGAAGAAUGUAAUUGUGGCAAAGAAUGGUGAUGAGGAAGAGACAGAUGUGGAGAAAGAUGCAUGGAAGUUAUUGCAGAAAGCGCUUGUUACAUAUUGUGAUACACCUGUUGGAACUGUUGCGGCAAAUGAUGAUUCGGGGUCACCCUUGAAUUAUGAUCAGGUCUUUAUUCGAGAUUUCGUCCCUUCUGCUCUUGCUUUCUUGCUUAAAGGAGAACAUGAGAUUGUCAAGAACUUUCUCCUUCACACCUUGCAACUCCAGAGUUGGGAGAAGACAGUGGACUGCUAUAGCCCAGGACAAGGCUUGAUGCCUGCAAGUUUCAAAGUUAAAACUAUGGAAUUUGAUGACAAAAAGACGGAAGAAGUUUUAGAUCCUGAUUUUGGGGAAUCGGCUAUUGGUCGCGUUGCUCCUGUAGAUUCAGGAUUGUGGUGGAUCAUUCUGCUUAGAGCUUAUGGGAAACUCACUGGUGACUACAGCUUGCAAGAAAAGUUGGAAGUGCAAACAGGCUUACGAAUGAUCCUUAACCUAUGUUUAUCAGAUGGAUUUGAUAUGUUUCCGUCUUUGUUAGUAACUGAUGGAUCCUGCAUGAUAGAUAGAAGGAUGGGUAUUCAUGGCCAUCCUCUUGAGAUUCAAGCAUUAUUUUACUCGGCUCUACGCUCGGCACGUGAAAUGGUUGUCAAGAACGAUGAAUCUAAGAGCCUAGUCGGAGAAAUUAACAACAGACUAAGUGCAUUGUCCUUCCAUAUUAGAGAGUAUUAUUGGUUGGAUAUGAGAAAAGUGAAUGAAAUAUACAGGUAUAAAACAGAAGAGUACUCUUUAGAUGCAACUAACAAGUUCAACAUCUAUCCGGAACAAAUUCCAAUGUGGUUAAUGGAUUGGAUUCCAGAAGAAGGUGGUUAUUUGAUAGGAAAUUUACAACCAGCUCACAUGGAUUUCAGGUUUUUCAUGCUUGGAAAUCUUUGGUCUAUUGUUUCAUCUUUAGGUACACCAAGACAGAACAAGUCUGUUUUGAAUCUAAUAGAAUCAAAAUGGGACGAUCUUGUUGGUCAAAUGCCUCUUAAGAUAUGCUAUCCUGCUCUGGAGCAUGAUGAAUGGCGUUUAGUUACCGGCAGCGACCCUAAGAAUACCCCUUGGUCGUAUCACAACGGUGGAUCUUGGCCUACCCUUCUGUGGCAGUUUACGUUGGCAUGCAUCAAAAUGGGAAGAACGGAUCUAGCUGAGAAGGCUGUUGGUUUGGCUGAGAAAAGGCUUCCAUUUGAUUCUUGGCCAGAAUAUUAUGACACCAAAACAGGAAGAUUUAUUGGAAAACAAGCCCGACUUUUUCAAACAUGGACAUUAGCUGGGUUCCUUGCAUCUAAGAUGCUUCUGAAAAAACCUGAAAUAGCAACUUUGUUAUGCUGGGAUGAAGAUCUUGAAAUUCUUGAAACAUGUGUUUGUGUGCUUAAUAAGAGUGGCAGGACAAAAUGCUCCCGUCGUGUUGCAAAGUCACACAUUUUAGUGUGAUGAUUCUUAGAGACUCUCUCAAUUGUACAGUCUAACUAGUUUAGUGUAUAUUCAUGUAUAUGUUUGAUAGGAUCCAUUAAUAUCAUCCACACUAUUGUGACUAUGAUGACUGAAGCUUCAUUUUUUUAGGAAAGGGAAGUUCAUAUAGUCAUUUUAUCUGUAAAUUUAUAGAUACAUGUACAUAUUGAUUUUUCACAUUAUACAAUCCUUCUCUGGAGAU